GGCAGGAAAAGUCCUUCCUGGCCCGCCUCCCCUCCCCCGGCUCCCCCAGACUCCGCCAUGGCCAAAGCCUACGACCACCUCUUCAAGCUGCUGCUCAUCGGGGACUCGGGCGUGGGCAAGACGUGUCUGAUCAUCCGCUUUGCAGAGGACAACUUCAACAGUACUUACAUCUCCACCAUAGGAAUUGAUUUCAAGAUCCGCACUGUGGAUAUAGAGGGAAAGAAGAUCAAACUGCAAGUCUGGGACACAGCUGGCCAAGAACGAUUCAAGACAAUAACUACUGCCUAUUAUCGAGGAGCCAUGGGCAUCAUCCUCGUAUAUGACAUCACAGACGAGAAAUCCUUUGAGAAUAUUCAGAACUGGAUGAAGAGCAUCAAAGAGAAUGCAUCAGCUGGAGUGGAGCGUCUCUUGUUGGGGAACAAGUGUGACAUGGAAGGCAAGAGGAAGGUGCAGAAGGAGAAGGCUGAUAAGUUGGCUCAGGAGUACGGAAUUCGUUUUUUCGAGACAAGUGCCAAGUCCAGUAUGAACGUGGAUGAGGCCUUUAGAUCUCUGGCCCGGGACAUCCUGCUUAAAUCUGUCAGCCGGCGGUCGGGAAAUAACAAAUCUUCCAACACUGAGCUGAAAACUUGUGACAGGAAGAACAGCAGCAAGUGUUCCAUGGUUUGAUGGCCUCUGUGCGCCUCCUGACCCCAAAUCUGGAGACUUGACCUGAGGGAGGCUGGAGAACCAAGGACUGGGACAGGGGACAAGGAGUGUUGGGUGUGGUGGUGUGUAGAUGGAGAAAAGGUGGGGAAAUGCAGAGAAAGGAAAGAUAAAAAGAAGGGAAGGAAGGAGGGGAGAGAGGAAAUCAGGAGGAAAGGAAAGAGAAUGUGAAAAGGGAGGUGAGAAGGUGGUUGGGAAAGAGAAGAGAGAAAGGGCAGAUGGUCCCUGGCCUCAUGCCUGCCCUGGGUUUCCAGGACAAAUGUAAAUGUAAAUAAAUCAUUGAUUUAUUCU